CGGCGCAACACCAAACACUGGUUUGUUGUAUGGAGAAGCUAAAAGCACAUACGUUAUAAGUUUACGAAGGUGUGGUCAAUGAGAGCCAACGAAUUCUACACCGUGCGCCUGUCGAAUGACACAGAAUCGUCGGAUAUCAACCUGUUUGGUGUGUUUGUUGUCCUCUGCUAAGGGUUUUCCUUGCGGAUAAAUAAAUAUUUAAGUGAAAUCCACCACCGUUUAUCGAUAGCAAUGGGCGAAUUCCAGGAGGAUGCGUAUACAAACGUAAAGAAGCGCUCCAUGGCCGGGCACGUCGCCAUAGGAUUCUUCGUGGUGGCCUUCGUGACGAUUUUCGUCGCCUUCGCGACGCCCAGCUGGCUGGUCUCCGACUACAGGAUAACGGGGGCCAAGCUCUACCGAUUGGGCCUGUGGGUGGACUGCUUCAGAUCGCUGCGCGACCCCUACGACACCUACUACCGCGGCAGGGAGAACCAGAGGUUCUUCGUCGGCUGCAGGUGGAUAUACGACCCGUUCACCUCCGGCUACGACCAAAUCCGCGGAUUCCUGCUGCCCGAUUUCAUGAUAGCCACGCAGUUUUUCUUCACGCUGUGCUUCAUAGCCGUCCUGCUGGGAGCCAUAUUGACGCUGAUUUACUUCCUGUGCUGCGGGCCCGAUCAGAAGCAGUUCAUCACGUUGAUAGUGCUGAAUGCGUGGAUACUGCUGGCGGGUUCCGUUAGCGGGGCGAUAGCCGUCAUCGUGUUCGGUUCUCUGGCUAACAAGCACGGCUGGAUGCCCGGCCACGAGAACAACUUCUUCGGCUGGUCGUACGCGCUGGCCUGCAUCGGCGUCAUAGCGUGCUUCAUCGCUUCGGUGUUGUUUUUUGUGGAUGGACACGUGCAAAAAAAGAAGAAAAAAAGGCUUAUCGAAAGCCAAAGCAGGUUAGAAAUGGAGCAGGAGCAGGAGCACAAAGGAUGGUAACGUACACUUAUACUUAUGUGUAGAGGGAUCGCUCGCGUUCUUCGAUUUGAUCCAGCAUUCGACGAGUUGGGGAUUUUUUUAAAUGUUUUAACGAGAAUUCUGAACUUCGAAGUUGCAAUAUGAAAAUGCUAAUUUCACGUGUAAAGUAUUACCUAACAAAUAUUAGUUGAGCAAUAGUUUAAGCUCUCUUAGGUUUUCUUUAUGUUAGUUUUGUACUGUUAAUUUUCUAUAAGGUUUUCCAUUCCAAGUACUCAAAUGUGUCUGUGUAGACAAAAAACAAGUUAAUUUCAUAAUUUUAAAAAAAUCGCAGGUAGAAUGCCACACACUUAAUUGACCAUGACUUAUUUUUCUCACAAAAACAAUUAUUAAUAAUUAAAUAUAAUAGUAUGAAGUAUUUAAUAAAUCACUGUAUGAGGUGAAACAUUUUUAUAUACUUGAAACUUUUAUAUCGGAUUAAAUCCGAUUCUAAUUUUGCACCCUUUUUAAUAGAAAUAUAAUCUCUUGUUUUGAAUUUAUUUUGCGUUGGGGUGUAGCUUUGUUAAUAAUUCACCCUUUAUAAAUAAUCUUGUUAGUGCACAAAGCGCAAAUACUUGUUGUGUUGUUGUUAAAUGUAACAGAAAAAUUAUUCCGUAUGCAUAAGACUGUAGGUUCCCCUGUAUAAUAGGAUUAUUUUUACUUAGUUGAUUUCCACGAAAGUGCUAAAUAUUCAUUCCAUAUAAAAUUGUGAAUAUAACAUAUAGUGCCUUUAAUAGUGGUGUUCAAAAUAUACAAUUUUUUGUAAUGAAUCCGUCCAAAAUUGUUGAUUUAUUGUAACUUAAUUUUAUACAAUGUUUUAAUGUUUUUUUUAUGAUGUUUAACAUGAUUUUCUACCUUUUAUAUGUAUUUUUUAUAUUUCUUUGAUAAAUUUUGAAUCUCCUUUAGAUGUGUACGUUUUUUUAUAAUUUUUAACUGUUUUAAAAUAUUGUGGUAUGUUAUACAAUUGUUUAUAAAAAACACGCCAAUUUUUGUAAAUAAAAAAUGUUUUAAU